AGCGGGGAGAACUGGCCAGGGAAAUAUUAGGCAGCUCGCCGAAUAGAUUCAAACUUCUACUACAACUAGUUGGCGUCCCCGAGCAAGAAAAAUAUUAGAUGAAGCUACGACCCUUAGGAAGAGAGAACAGAAAGGAAGACUUGAGCUUAAACUCAAGAAGUGGAUUAAUGACUUACUAAUGAAAGCGGCUACAAUCUAAACAAUUCAUCACUCUUCAUAUUAGAUGAAGCUACGACGUGGACGGUCUUGUAAGUUUUGUUUCUUAGUGAACAAUUCGUAGCUUCAUCUAAUAUUUUUCUUGCUCGGGGACGCCAAUUAGUUGUAGUAGAAGUGACCAAUUGCUUCCUCCUUAUGCAACCGUGGACGGUCUUGUA